AUGAAGUUCCCAUUGUUGAUUUGCUGGACGAAUUCGAAUCUCUCAGUGGUGAUACUCAUCACGUGCAACGUGGGAUGGUAUUCAGCUGUUUAUUCGGCUCCUACAUUUGUCGAAAAUAAAGUGGGUCGACAGAAAAAAAGCGGCGGAAUCGAAAAUGCAGCGGUAAUUCUACCAAAACAUGCAUUGAAGGAUGAAACAACAAUUGCGAAUGCAACACUGACAAGUGUUCCAACGACUACAACGGCUACACCAAGCACCACAACGACUACAACUACUACGUCAACCACCACCACCACCACAGCCACUACCGCGACCACACCAACCACCUCUACAACGACUACAACUACUAUACCAACCACUACUACUACGACUACAUCAACUACCACUACAACGACUACAACUGCGACACCAAGCACUACAACUACAACCACAACAACUACACCAACCACAACAACAACAACAGCUACACCAACCACAACGACAACAACAACAACAUCAACCACAACAACAACAACAACAACAACAACAACAACAACUGCUACUACUACUACACCAACCACAACAACAACAACACCAACCACCACUUCUACUACAGCAACCCGUAAAACAACUACCACGGCAACAACACCAAUUAUCACCUCAACAACCCAGAAAACGACCAAAGAAAUCAUUACCAGCAAGGAAUCAACGAAAACACCAGUUGCAGAAACAUCAAGUACUACAACGACCACAACGAAGGAGUUCAGUUCUACUGUGCAACCAACAACACAAUUGGGAAAGACUACGAGAACUCGAAGCAAGAAAACCUCAAAACCUCAAGUCAGAACAACUAAACGAAAAACGUUAACUACGGAUCCUGGAGACGAUGGGAAGGAUGAAGGAGGAGAAGGAAAAUCAAGAAAUGAAAUGAUAUUUAUCACUGUAAUUGUUGCUCUUGUCUUACUUACAUUGAUAUCGAUGACGUACCUGUACUUCAGUUACAAGAAGGCAAUUUAUAAACAUAAGAUUCAUUACGGAGGCGGUAGCUUGAUAACGGCACUUUCGAGAACUUCUGGUAGCAGCAAGGGCUGGAGAGAAAGGCGUCCUUCAUCGAAGAAGAGGCGACCGAGCUCAUCCACUACACAUGAACGUAGUCCAUACAAGGAUAGACGUCAAAGAGGAAAGAAGAAGGCGAAGAGCAAUUCUCCAGUCUACUAUGACUUAGCAGUAUUGCAACGAGGUGGUAAACGAAGACGAUAA